AUGGCUGACGUAGUGAGGAAUAUGAUGAUUAAGUUCUACAUGAAUGAUCAUUCUCUUGAGAAUUCUCUCAAGCAUGUCAAAUCGCUUCUUCAACUUGCUAUGAAGAACAAACUGAAGCUUGACCCGGUUCUUAGAGACGAGAUCAUUGUGACAAUAAUCUCCAACUUUCCGGAAUUCCUUGAAGGAAUGUCAGAUGAUGACACUACUACACUGAUGUUGAUGGCAUCUAACAUAGACAGUGAUGUCUCUCCGGCAACUAUCGAUGAUCCAGAAGACGGUAAUAGGGCUGGAGCGUUUCUAAAGUACUUUUGGAAGAAAGCUUUGAAUGGGAAGAUACUAUUCGUCAACGAUCAUCUACUCAGGAGCAUUACCAGAAACUGGCUCAUGACGAGUUUGCUUGAAUCUGAGAAAGUUGAGUCUGAUUUGCCUAAAUCUGAUAUGUCUAAUAAGUCUGUUCCCAUGUCGGUUGAUAAUGUUACUUCAAAACAAAUUGUUGUUCUUGCUGAUAUUUAUAUGCCUGAUGCUAUUGUCUCUGAUGGUUCUGUCAAGCCCACUGUUUCAAAAGAAUCCAUUGAUCCUACUGCGUCUGUCCCCACUGAAUCUGAUGUUGAUAUUCCCAUUUAUACUCCUAAAGCUGCUCUUGAGAGUCUAGAAACUGUUGAAUAUUUUGCAAACCAGCCUACUGAAUUUGUUCCUAUUCCAUCUAAAAUCUUAACUCCUAAGUCUGUUGCUCCUGAUGAUGAUGAUCUGUUACUCACUGAGCUAACCAAGAAGAUGGGUGAUUCUGUAAUGGCUGUUGUUCAUGAAGUCAACCAAUCUGUUGUUGAGACUGCUCAUCCUGAGUUAACCAGUUUCAAAAUUAGAGAUACCCAGAACAUUCUUACUUCUUCUCAGCCCACUAUCUCUAAAACUAGUCAUUCCGUUUCCACUACCCCUAUUGAUGAGUCUCCAAAAAGAGAUUCUAGAAAGUCUAAGAGAAAAGGUGCUCCUGAGAAAUUCCUGGUUGAUCUUACCUCUGAGCCUGUCAUAGCCGCUAGUUCUAAAAAGAAAAGAAAGACCUCUGUGUCUGAAUCAGCUGAUCCACCUGUUCAGCAAGUCUUUAAGACGUUGAGAUCCUUUGUAAAAGGAAAAGGUCCAGCUGCUCCACCUCCAGUUCCUAAGGGAAAGAAAGCCAAAGUAUCCUCCAAAUCUAGGGGAAGAAGUCUCACGUCUAAAGUACCUGAGAGUCCAGAUUCAUAUGUGUAUACUCUAAUCUUUGUUGACACUGAGACAAAAGAGAAAUGGCCUUCCAUGAUCAAAAGAGAGCUUAUUGUUCAAAGGUCAGUUGAUGUCAAGCAACUGAACUCAGUCUGUGAUGUAGUGCCUCUUUUGGAAGAACUUGGUUUGAUGAGUACUGUGCAAAAAGUUGGUCCAUACUCCAAACUUCUCACUUGUGAGUUUUUAUGCAAUCUGUCUGAGUUCAUUGAUGACUUAACUCACGAGAGAUGCCUGCAAAUCUUUGUCCGAGGAAAGUGGUUUGUCUUUGGUUCUGAUGCUAUUAAUGAAUAUUAUGGCUUGCCUAUAGUAGAUAAAGAUGAAAUUGAUGACUGGGAUCUGGUUGCAAAGACUUUGACUGGUGGUGUUCUAACUGAAUGGCCCUCUUCUGAUGCAGAUGCUUUGUCAAGUUCCGAUUUUACUUCAAAAUUUGUGAUAUUGCACAGGAUUGCUCUGCACAACUGGUUGCCAUCAGCCCAUUUCUACGUUGUUAGUAAAUCUCUUGCAGCUUUAAUCUUUUGGAUUGGCACUAAGAAAGUUGUGGAUCUAGGCAAGUGGAUAUUCGACCACAUGCUGACACUGAUUCACCCAAGGGAGCAAAAGGUUAAAUUGCCUUAUCCAAACUUGGUCUUCGGAAUGCUGACAUAUCAAGGGCUUGUUCCUAUGACAAAUGAGGUUGUACGCACCACCCUGUACUACACAGUUUAUUCUAGACUUCUUGGUGGCAAGAACAUUCGAGAUGUGAAACCAGUUGAACUUCCACAAGGUGUUUCUAGUGAUCUUGCUGACCCCACUCCCUACGUGAAUGAUCUAAGAUUAUCUAAGAUCCUGAAGGUUCAUGUUGAUGAGCUCCAAACUGCUAGCACUAUUAUUAACACUCAGCUCCAUGCUGCUCGCACUGAGCUAGCUACUAUUCUACUUCGACUGAGUCUAUCUAAAGUUGAGCUUAUGCCUGACUCUACUCAAGCUGCUGGUGAAGAAGGUUCCUAUGAUAAUUAG